AUGCCCGGAGGGAUGAUGAUCCCUGGACGCAACAUGAUCGGCCGGAGCAACGGCGCCGGCGUCGCCUACGCCUCCUCCUCCUCCUCCGCGCUCUCCCUCGGCCAGAACUUGAUGGAUGGGAUGCACCAUCACCAGCUCCCAGCGAUGCUGCAACACCAGAUGGUUGAUCACCAUCUUCUUCUUCCCCAGCACCAUCAUCACCCCCACCAGCAGGCGGCCACGAGCGAGAGCGAUGCCCGGGGCCCCCACGGAGGGGGCAACAACAACAGCAGCAACAACAAUGAAGAGCUGGAGAUGAGCAAGUCAGGUACUGGCAGCGACAACAACCUCGACGGCGAAGGUGGCGGUGGCGGUGGCGGGGAGAACGAUGAGCAAGAGGACCCGGCCGGCCAGCAUCCCCGGAAGAAGAAGCGUUACCACCGUCAUACCCAGCACCAGAUCCAGGAGCUUGAGGCCUUCUUCAAGGAGUGCCCCCACCCCGACGACAAGCAGCGCAAGGAGCUCAGCCGCAGCCUCUCCCUCGAGCCCCUCCAGGUCAAGUUCUGGUUCCAGAACAAGCGCACCCAGAUCAAGACGCAGCACGAGAGGCAGGAGAACACGGCACUCAGGACGGAGAACGAGAAGCUGAGGGCGGAGAACAUGAGGUACAAGGAAGCGCUGGCCAACGCGUCGUGCCCAAACUGCGGCGGGCCGGCGGCCAUCGGGGAGAUGUCCUUCGACGAGCACCACCUGCGCGUCGAGAACGCGCGCCUCCGCGACGAGAUCGACAGGAUCUCCGCCAUCGCCGCCAAGUACGUCGGCGGCAAGCCCGGCUCCGGGGUGGCUGUGGCCUCCGCCUCCUACCCGCCACUGCCACCGCAGUCUUCCGGCCGCUCUGCGCUCGACCACCUGGGCAUGCCCGGCAUGUUUGGCGGUGCUGAGUUCGAUAAGCCGAUGGUGAUCGAGCUGGCCGUGGCUGCCAUGGAGGAGCUGGUCCGGAUGGCGCAGCUCGGGGAGCCUCUCUGGGUGCCAUCCCUCGACGGCGAGGCGCUCGGCGAGGAGGAGUACGCUCGCGCUUUCCCACGGGGUGCACUCGGCCCCAAGUCGCCGGAGCUCCGGUCCGAGGCGUCGAGGGAGACAGAUGUUGUCAUCAUGAACCACGUCAGCCUCGUUGAGAUGCUCAUGGACGUGCGUCAGUGGUCGGCGCUCUUCUCGAGCAUCGUGUCCCGGGCGGCCACGCUUGAUGUUCUCUCCACCGGCGUCGCCGGCAAUCACGACGGCGCGCUGCAGCUCAUGUCUGCCGAAUUUCAGAUGCCGUCGCCCCUGGUGCCGACGCGGGACACCCAGUUCCUGCGCUACUGCAAGCAGCAUCCGGGCGGCGCAUGGGCCGUUGUCGACGUCUCCCUCGACGACGGUCUCCGUUCCGCUGCGCGGGUGGGCGGGCACUUUCGCCGCCGCGCCUCCGGCUGCCUCAUCCAGGAGAUGCCCAACGGCUACUCCAAGGUGACGUGGGUGGAGCACGUCGAGGCCGGUGACGACGCGAUGGUGCACGAUCUGUACAGACCCCUGGUGAACUCUGGGCUGGCAUUCGGCGCGCGGCGGUGGACGUCGACGCUGAAGCGGCAGUGCGAGCGGCUGGCGAGCGCUAUGGCCACCGUGCCCUCCUCAGGCGGCGACGUGAUUACGACGGCGGAGGGGCGGAGGAGCAUGCUGAAGCUGGCGGAGAGGAUGACGGCGAGCUUCUGCGGCGGGGUGACUGCGUCGACGACGCACCAAUGGACGACGCUCUCUGGCAGCGGCGCGGAGGACGUGCGCGUGAUGACCCGCAAGAGCGUCGACGACCCCGGCCGCCCACCGGGUAUCAUCCUCAACGCCGCCACCUCCUUCUGGCUCCCCGUCCCUCCCUCCCGCGUCUUCGGCUUCCUGCGCGACGACUCCACCCGCAGCGAAUGGGACAUCCUCUCCAACGGCGGCGUCGUCCAGGAGAUGGCCCACAUCGCCAACGGCAGCCAUCACGGCAACGCCGUCUCCCUCCUCCGCGUCAACAACGCGAACUCGAAUCAGAGCAACAUGCUGAUCCUGCAGGAAUGCUGCACGGACGCGACGGGGUCGUACGUGGUGUACGCGCCGGUGGACGUGGUGGCCAUGAACGUGGUGCUCAACGGCGGGGACCCGGACUACGUGGCGCUGCUGCCGUCCGGGUUCGCCAUCCUUCCUGACGGGCCGGCCGGGGCGCCGGAUGCCGGCGGGUCGCUCCUCACCGUCGCCUUCCAGAUCCUCGUCGACUCCGUGCCUACAGCCAAGCUCUCGCUGGGAUCCGUCGCCACCGUCAACAGCCUCAUCGCGUGCACCGUCGACCGCAUCAAGGCCGCCCUCGUCGUCAGCCCCGGGGACAACGCCGGCACCGCCGCCCGGUGA